GCUUUCCAUUUUGCUACGAGUUUUAUAAAAUUAAACGGGAAAGUAUUGGUGCUAUGACUGCGCAAACUUUAAACAAAUUGGCUGCAAUGGUUGCCACAGGGGAUUAUGAAGAAUUCUUUAGUGAAUUACGUGACGGUAAACAAACUGAUUCUUUCUUUUUUGGUAUGUUUCCUGGGAUUCAAGCAGAUGCUAGAGCUGUUCUUGUUCAAACAUGUUCAGAAAAAUUAAUAGAUUUCAAAGUAAUGGGCCUGGUUUAG